CCACCCUCCAUUUGAAAAUGUCUCUCAUCACCUCAUGGCUUCCUAUCCUUCUAAUGAUUCUUUCUCUUCUUCCGCUCCUACUUAUCUUCCCAAAGAGAAAACCCACAAAGCUUCCUCCAGGUCCUCCCCAGCUUCCUAUCAUUGGCAACCUCCACCAGCUUGGCAACUUAUCUCAUCGCUCUCUCUGGCAACUCUCUGAAAAAUACGGUCCACUCAUGUAUCUAAAACUAGGCAGCCUACCCGCCCUAGUUAUUUCCUCAUCCAAACUUGCCAGCGAUGUGAUGAAAACCCAAGAUCUCAUCUUCUGCAACAGGCCUCUAUUUGUUUCCUACAAGAAAAUCUCUUACAAUUUCUUAGACCUCGCUUUCGCGCCCUAUGGAGAGUACUACAGGGACAUGCGUAAAAUCUGCAAUAAUGAACUCUUUAGCAUCAAGAGAGUCCAGUCGUUUGGGUUCAUUAGGGAGGAGGAGGUUGCCGGGAUGAUCGCAUUGAUUUCCCAUUCUGCUUCAUCUUCUACACCUGUAAAUCUAACUGACAUCAUGUUUUCUCUCACGAGCACCAUCAUUGGCAGGGCUGCUUUUGGUAAGUGUUACCAAGGAGGAGAGAAGUCAAACUUUCAUGAUGCUUUUGGGGUGGUGCAGGCCUUGCUCACAACUUUCUUCUUCGCUGAUUACAUCCCAUUGUUGGGGUGGAUGGACGUGGUCACCGGACAACAGGCGAGGUUGGAGAAGUGUUUUCGGGACAUGAACGUGAUAUGGGAGCAAGUAAUCGAUGAGCAUCUCGAUCCCAUGAGAGUAAAAAGGGAGCAGGAGGACCUUGUGGAUGUCUUGAUACAAGUUCAAAAGGAUCUCCAUCUCACCAGAGAUCACAUCAAGGCGCUGCUCAUGGAUGUUUUUAUUGCUGGAACAGAAACAGGUGCUGCAACAGUGGUGUGGGCCAUGACAGAGCUCAUAAGGAAACCAAGAGUGAUGAAGAAAGUACAGGACGAAAUUAGAAGGAUUAUAGGAAACAAAGGUAAGGUAGAAGAAGAUGACCUAGACAAACUCGAUUAUUUCAAAUUAGUGGUGAAGGAGACUUUCAGAAUGCACCCUGCUGCACCUAUGCUCAUUACAAGAGAAACCACUCAGCAAUGUAGGCUUGAUGGAUACAACAUUGCCCCAAAAACAUUGGUAUUUAUCAAUGCGUUAGCUAUUGGGCAUGAAGCUGAAUCAUGGAAAAAUCCAGGAGAGUUUUGGCCAGAGAGAUUUACAGAUAGCCCCAUUGAUUACAAAGGACAAGACUUCCAAUUCAUACCGUUUGGGGCAGGACGGAGGAUCUGCCCGGGGAUGCAUUUUGGAGUAGUGACUGUGGAGAUUGCUUUGGCAAAUCUUCUCUAUUCUUUUAUUUGGGAACUGCCUUCUGGCAUGAACAAGGAAGACGUUGACAUGAGUGAAUUGCCUGGUAUCGCUGUGCAUAAGAAAUCUCCUCUCCUCCUUGUGCCUAUCAAAUGCAUUGAUAUAACAAAUGGGAAAACAAAUGAAUAGAGGAAUUCUUCCUCUGAUAUCGAGUAAUGUAUAUCCUACAAUAAUGUGUGGAAUGGUUUGUUUGAUUUUGAAUUCAUGUAAAUUAAUCUCUCUCUUUCUA